UAGCGCUGGAUAACGUUCUUGUUAACAGAGACUAACGCCUGGUUGUGGCGUGUUACAUACCUGAGUGCGAGGUCUUUGAUUAUACCUGUAUUUAACGGAUUUCAAAGGUGAUUUUUACCUUGAGUUACCUGUGACACAUUCUCCUCUGCUACUGUCUAUAUAUGCACUAGGCGCGUGAAGUUCUAUACCUGCAAAUCGGAGAUCCUGAAAAACUAUACCUGGCAUCUCAUCGGAGAGACCACGGGCUCAUCAUAUAUUGGACAGGUGGAAAUUAAAGUUCAGGUGCCUGUUCCACUGUACCGGGUGUACCACAGGAAAUCUGCCUGUUAUUUUUGGACAUUCUGACGAAUACUUCUGACCCUCGGGGGUAAUCUGACCAAAUGUACGAGACAAUGUCCAGAUGCGUCGGGACGUGUUACAGUCCUUCCGGUUUGUACGACAGUCCUGAAGAGGAAAAAAUCGCGCGCAUGCGGGAUAAAGAGCUGACGAAGAUACUGAAGGAAUAUCACAGACAAGAGCUCAAACGGAUGAAGAUCUUAUUGCUGGGUACUGGAGAGUCUGGGAAAAGCACAAUUACCAAGCAGAUGAGGAUUAUACACAUCAACGGAUUUCAAGACGAAGAAAGAUUGGCUUAUGUGGCGGAUAUACGGAGAAAUGUGAAAGAAUCAAUUGUGGCAAUGUUACUGGCCAUGCAAGAACUGUCUAUAGCUCUAGAUGAUAAUUCCAAACAGCCUAGUGCAGAGUUCAUCUUGAGAGAGGCUGAUACUCCCGGUAUUGAAAGCACUGAGGAGUUCUUUGAUCAUACGACAAGUCUGUGGGAGGACAACGGGGUUGCUGAGUGCUACUCCCGAUCAAACGAGUUCCAGCUUCUAGACUCCGCCAAAUAUUUCCUUGAUAAAUUGGGUGAGAUUCGAUUGAAGGAUUACAUACCGUCCGAUCAGGAUAUUUUACGAUGCCGAGUGAUAACAACCUCAAUACGCCAUAUUGACUUUGAUGUUCCCGACGGUGGAGAGAAAGUCAGCUUCAGCGUGUAUGACGUGGGCGGACAGAGAGGGGAGAGAAAGAAAUGGAUACAGGUUUUUGACAGCGCCGCCUCCAUCUUGGUAUUGGCAGACGCCAGCAGCUUUGACCAAACUCUUCGGGAAGAUUCCAGUAAAAAUAGACUCAUAGAAGCUUUGGAAAUAUUUGAGCAGGUGUGGCGAAAUAGAUUUCUAAGAUACGUUUCCAUCAUCCUUUUCAUCAACAAGAUCGAUAUUUUGGCAGAAAAAGUCAUGUUAGGCCAUUCCAUCACGAAACUGGCUGAGAAAUAUCCGGACAUUUUCCCGGAUUUUGACAGUUACGUUCCAUCUGCCACAGAAAGGGCGGCCUUCCUCGAGUCAUUUCCUGGGGGGAGAGGCCGUAAGAAGUCCAGAGCCUCUUCAAGGACAGAUGUGGAUGAUGAGGUCAUUAAGACCGCCGUGUACAUCAAACAUCUGUUUAUGAAAAUUGUGACGGGUGAGUUAGUUUUACGUCCAGGAUUGGAGCACACGGACAAAAAAUGGCACUCUCAUCACUCUUGCGAGUACUACUACACAUGCGCAAUUGACACUAAUAACAUCGAGCGAGUUUUGGACGGCUGUCGGAGAAUCAUCAUAAGGAAACACUUGGAGCGGUUUGGAAUCAUCUGAUUUGUUAAGCCAUGUUUGUAUUGGAUUUUCAUUCGAUGGAUUCCAGAAACAUACUGGUUUCCAGUUGACUAUGUGCAGGGAACUAUUUUUUAGGUCCCAAAUGCUCUGCGUCAGAUGUGCCAUGAAAUAGUUGUGCCACCGACUGUGUCUCUAUGAGCAGAGAUAUGGAAAGCUACAUCUCCUGGCCUGUUUUCUCUGUGCCUUAUUCGAAGAAACCUGAUGAUGGUUCAAAUCGGGACACGAUGGGGUUAUUUAGUACCGUGUGAACUAUGCGAGACUGCCCUCGUAGCAAAAAAGGACGUCACUAAAGCUUGACGAGACGAAGAGGUCAUACAUUCCAGGAAUGAUGUGUCUGGACUGAGAUUAACGACAGAGGCUUAAAACCAUAUCAGUGAGUGCUGGAAGUGUCACUGCGUAUAGUGGAGUUAAUUCGCGGAAUUGACUUUUCACGCAUUAUCCCGCGAAAACAGUUAGUUUUCUGGUCUGGAGGAGAAAAGCCAAUAACGACCCCUAGUGAACCAGGUUGAAAGUAGUGCACACUUUCUCCUCAUGUACAACUGGGAAUAACAUUUGAUAUAUGUGUUUUAGGGCUGAAAUAUAUUCCAGUCUUCAGGUACAUUUAAUAAGUGUAGAUCCAUUGAAACGCCAAGUGAGAAAUGAAAUCACCGGAGGUGCAUUCCCAACAGGUGCCGUUGCCACCAGGUUGAAAGGAACGUUUCAGUGAUUGGGGUCCGAUUUAUUAUUGAAAACCGCUGACAAGGUUAUCUUGGAUAUGUAUCUCCAUAAAAAUACUUGUACACAUCGCUUAUAAAUUUGCUAGGAUACUAUCAGCUUAUCUGAGUGUAGACGUGUCAGUUGAAGUGCCACCUACAGGUGCCCAGAGCUUUAUAUCUGUUUCACGCUGAGUAAAUGUUGUGUGACUUUAGUCUGUGCUAAAUGGUUGCAUGAGUAGAUCAUCGCCUUGACUGUAUUCCAGCGAUUAAAAAGAAGCCUUUUAUAAAAUAUGUAUGAUAAUACUAUGUGUACAGACUAGCAAACAUUGUGCAUAUAGGACAAAGCUUUUUCUUAUGUUAUCUUAUCUCAAAGGAAAUACUGUGUGUAGUGCAGAUGUUUCGACCGCAUGCAAGUCCCUGACAACUGUCAAAGAACCGUAGACUGACUGAAAGCUGUUUGUUGUUGAACGAUGAUCAAAUGAGGAUAAAAAAGAGACCAUUGAAGAGUGGCUAUUUCGUUACAUCACAACUUUUCUAGUCGAUAGCGUUCCCCAAAAAGAGAUCAGUGUCAUGUAAUACUAAGUCAGUGAAAACAUGAACAUGGUUUAUCUAUGUAUUUACUUUGAUAGGUGUUACUCAAGAAUACGCCGUACUCAAGAAUAUUUCACUGAUACGCCGGCGGCCAGCGUUAUGGUGGAAGGAAACCAGGCAGACCACUGGGGAAACCCACGAUCAUCCGCACUUAGCUGGAACACCUUCCCACAUAUGGCCGGAGAGGAAGCCAGCUUGAGCUGCAUAGACUUGAACUCACAGUGGCAUGAACGGUUUACUUGUAUAUUGCUUGUAAAAUAAGCCUAUAGAUGUAUGGAUGGAUAUAAACAUGUGUGCACAGAUUACUGGAUUUUUAAGUGGUAUUUUUGCACUAUUAAUGCUAGUCUUUGUUCAGUUGUCCUCCAUUAGUUGUCUCAGAUUUUAAAUGUUAACGUCUUAUAAGCGCCAGUAUAACACUCUGCCCAAUGCCAUAGACAAAGAAGCAUUUGGUAUAUAAGUCUGACAAUGGAACAUCGAUCAUGUAAAAUUCUUGUUUAUUACAUAUGUUGCCAACUUAAUUACAGUUACAAAUGCAGAAUCAUUAGUCUGAUAUUUGAAGGACUCAGAUAUGUGCACUUUAUUAAGGAUUGCAUGUCCACUCUGCGUGGUUCUGUUGAAUGCAUAGGUGUUUUCUAGAUGUAGUGUGUCUUUGCUAUUAACUAUUCAUUUGAAGACUGUGUGAUCAUAUUUAUUGCCUGGUUGUCUAUGUAUAUAUUAUAAUGCUGUGAUAAAGCAUAUGUCUCAACCCGCAUGCCUUAAUGAUGCUCCAUCACAUGACAGAAUACAUCAUGUCAUUUACCAUCACAAAGUUUCAAAUGUAAUCUGUAUGCCAUCGUUAUUUGAACAUGAGAGGUACCAUAAGUGUCUUUUUACAAUCACUGUGAUCUGGAAUAAAAAAAGUCUUGCAGAAGACAUAC